AUGGCUCCCGCCUCCGCCGCUCAGCCCGUCUCCAAGAAGCACCCCUCCCGAGCUUCGAGCACUUCCAAGACCGAUGCUGAGAGCCCUGUCACUGAUGUGAAUGGCACCGAACCCCCCUUACUUGAAGGAGUUGCAAAAAACGCUACCGCUAAGACCGAUGCCAUCCUCGCGGAGAACCCUGGCAAAUCCCUCGAUGAGCUUGUGACGGAGAAGAAGCUCAAUGCCGACCAAAAGGCCCAGGCCCUGAAGAAGCCUGCCCUUCAGGCUCAGGUUGCGCAGAUCGAGGAGCAGUUUGCUCAUUACAGGGAAUUUGCUGGGCAAUACGAGGAGCGCUUGAUCAGCCAGAAGGCGGCUCUGGAGAAGACCCAUCAGGAAGAGCUGGAGGCUGUGCGCGCAAACGCUGUCGCCGAUACAACAGAGGCUACCGCAAGGUUGCUGCGCCAGCAAUUGCUUACUCUCAGCAAGUUUCUGUGCGCCGCGGCCAAUUCCCGUCGCGCUGGUGAGGAGUCUCUUGAGAGUCGCGCUCUCGAGGGCGUUCUUUUCCAGGUGUACGCUGGAAACCAGGAUGCUGUCAACUCUAUGCUCAAGCUGAUCAAUGGUGCUGAUGACAAAGUACCCUCGGUCGAGGGUCCGGAUCUGGAAUUCUCCUACGUGAAGCAGGCUUCCAACAAGUACACCCCCGAAGAGACCGAAGCCGUCGAACCUCCCACCGAGAAUGCCCCCAUCUCCGACCCUACCAUGACCAACGCUGGUCUCACCGAGCUUCAAGACACCUCUAUCAGUGCUGCCGUGGCCGCGUCCGACGCCAACGCCAACGCCCAGCCUGACUCCAACGCGCCCCCCUCCCAGACUCUGGUCUCCGAUGCUGGAAACAAGGUCGCCGAAAACACUUACGAUCCUAACGGCCUGGCCUCGUCGGCCACUACGGACGGCUGGGUUGAGGUCCCUCGUGACCCCGCUGAGACCGAUACUGGCCUACAGGCCACCAUCGCCAACACCGACACGCACAACGCCACUACCGAAGAUGAUAGUGCAGGCAAGGGACAUUCCAACGGACGUGGUCGUGGACGCGGUGGUCCUCGCCGUGGAGACGCCUCGCGCGGUGGACGCGGACGAGGCGAGCGCGGCCGUGAGAACCGAGGCCGAGGUGGACGUGGCCGUGGUCGUCGCGGCGGUGUCAAUGGCUCUCCUGCAGCGACUCCUGCACCUCAGGAGUGA